AUGGUGCUCCGCAGAUUCACAAGUCUAAGAGGAUUCCCAAGAACCUUGUUAUSCGACAAUGGUCCCCAACUAGUGAAAGCCAAUCAAGAACUUCAAAAGAUGACCAAAUCUUGGGAUUGGAGCAAACUUCACGAAUUUGGAGUUGUGCACGAGCUCGAAUGGAAAUUCACACCGGCAGAUGCACCCUGGAGAAACGGAGUAACCGAAUCGCUGAUAAAGUCGGUCAAGAAAGCCCUAGCAGUAGCCGUUAAAGACAACGUCAUGACCUUCUCAGAAUUGCAAACCGUAUUUUUCGAAGCUGCUAAUUUAGUUAAUGAACGCCCAAUUGGACGACACCCAACUUCUACCGAUGAUGGAUAUUAUCUCUGCMCUAAUAAUCUUCUACUGGGACGAUGUACGACAAGGACGCCCAGUGGACCCUUCAAUGAGACCAACGACACAAGACRUCGCUUGGAGUUCGUACAAAGAAUCUGUGAUGCAUUUUGGAAACACUGGACAAGAGACUUUUUCCCAUCCUUAACAAUCCGUACUAAGUGGCACACAGAACAUCAAAACGUAAUGGUCGACGAUGUUGUUAUCAUUCAAGAUUCAAACCAAGUUCGUGGCAAUUGGAAAAUCGGAAGAAUCAUCAAAGUGUAUCCUGACAACAGAGGAAAAAUAAGAAAGGCAGACGUCACGUACAAGUCAGACAACAAUACCCCAUCAACAGUGCAAAGAGCRGUCCAAAGACUGGUUGUACUAGUACCGAGAAGUCCCAUUGAGAAGAAUUUAGACAUUUGA